UGGUCACUCCAGCAUCAGAAACCCUGUUCUGAUCUCGGCGACCUGCGCGGCACUUAUCCGCGGAGACUCCCUAUAGAUACGGGCGAGAUUUCGGGUGGGUUUUGGCUAUCGGACAUCGUCGGAGCCAGCCAUAGACCCAACGACCCAACGUCUUAUGCAUGACAAUACCUAGUCCUGUAUAAGUUCCCGACUUACUCUUCAGUCUUAUCAACAGAUCUGCCACAGAAUCAACUUUCUCAUUCAAGCUUGCUUUCAACUCACCACCAUGGGAUCUGAAUUCGCUAUCCCCGACGACCCCGAUCGGGUCUUCUUCUACUCCUCCCAGGGCCGCGAGUCCCGCCCAAUCCUUCGAGGAAAGGAUGCAAAGACAACAUUCGAUUCGAUACCCGUCAUCGACGUGUCGUCGAUUAUGUCGGACAACUUAGAGGAGCGCAAAAGGCUGGCUGCGGCAGUGGAUCGUGCGGCUUCUGAAGUGGGCUUUUUUUAUUUCGAUAACCCGCCCGUUGACACGAGAAAGAUGGAUACAGCAUUUGCCGCCAUCAAGAAAUUAUUUGCUCUGCCUUCUAAAGAGAAAAUGAAAGUCCACGUCAACAACAGCCCAAAUGGCAAGGGUUAUGCCUUUCGAGCUCAGGAAGAGGGCCAUAUCACCAAUGAGAGUUUCGGGAUGGGCAAUGACUACACGGAGCCCGAGCAGGCAGCCACCAGCGGUGGUAUGACGAGCACUAUCCCGCUGAACCGGUGGCCCGACGAAGCCUUGCCGGAGUUUCGCGCCGCGAUCUACGAGUACUGGAAAGAAGUCCAUGCAUUUUCCCGCCGACUGGUCGGCAUUUUCGCCCUCGCCCUUGGUCUCGACGAGCACGCGCUGGACCACAUGUUCCAAGAGCCGCUGACGGAUGUCACCAUCCAACACUACUGCAAGCACCCCAGCGACUCGUACAAGCCUGUCCUGACACCGCACUCCGACUAUGGCGCCUUCACUUGCCUUCUGCAAACGGAGGUCGGCGGCCUAGAAGUCCUCAACGCCAAUGCAAUCUGGGUACCCGUCCCACUGCGUGAGCACGCCUUCGUCAUGAACACCGGAAGCCACUUUGAGAUUCUAUCCAACGGUCGGUGGAAAGCGACGGUGCAUCGAGUGAGCGGCCGGGGCGACAUCGACCGCUACUCACUCCCGUUCUUCUGGGGCUUUGACCCGACCACCGUCGUGACGCCGCUGGAGAAAUUCCGCGGGGAAACGAAUCUGGAGCCCGAACUGGCCGGUCGGGAGUUUGCGAAGGGCACGUUCAGCACUAAGCCUGAUCAUCCGGUUGUUGCGGAGAUGAAAGCGCGGGGUCUCGAGUUUGAGGAUUAUUGCUAUGCGAAUCUCUUGCAUGGGAAGGACCCAUGGGUGAAGGGAUGAGAGGGUUAGUUACCACUGUAUGUGGUGGUCGGCUCAUAUGUUGAAGGUUGUGGUGGCAUUCCUCUAGGAGAGCAUUCGUUAUUUAUUCUCAUAUAUACAUUCAGUUCAUAUAACCCAGAAAGAGGCGCCUGCCUGUAUGUCCUAGCCUCGGGCAUAAAAGGUAAAACUCGAGAUUAAUAC